UAACAUCGCAUGGAUCACUUCCUGCUUUGGUUGUCGAUCAGCUAAUCUGGUCUGAGGGCUAGGGGAAGUCAGCCGAGAAGGCGAUGAGGGGGUGAGUGACAAAAAAAAACUGCUUCUUUCUUCCGAACCUCCAUCCCCAUGAUCUCAUGAAUAAAUUAUAGCGGCUCAUUGUGCAAUAGAGUGAGGAAUGCAGCGCAGCUCAGGGAAUACUGCCAAGAGCAGAGGCUACACUCAGACUACACAGACAUCCAACGCUUAGUCUGCUCUUACUUUUUCAAACUAGCCGAUAGGUGGUUGGGUCCAUCUUUGUAGCCAGCGAAUUUCAAGUAGCAACACACCGGGUCUAUGCAGUGAUACACAGGUUUUAUUUUUUGAAUGCACAUGGAUAAAACAAGAUAGCCGGAUUUACUUGUUAACGGUUGCUAGGGUUUUUAAGCCGUGGAUAUUUCAGAUAGCAUAGCCUACAUCGAUGCAACCUAUUUGGUAACCGAAAGAGGAUAAGAGGUAUACAGACAAUUGUCCACUUUUAUCGGCGUUCGCAAAACGGUUCGCACUGGUCCUGAUCGUUGAAACACACAGGAUUCCUACCGCAGAUCACGGAAUCACCAGACAGAGACCAGAGCAACCUCGGGCAGCUGUAGUCGGAGACUGCCUGCCAGGUUGAGGAGUUUUGGGGUUCCCCGCUGACCCCCGCGACCCUCCGAUGAACCCCAUCAACUCCAUGAAACCUGCCCUGCCUCCCACGCCACAUAGUGACGGCUCCUACCCAUAUGAUCCUGUCCCCUGGCAGCAAGGCGCCAGUCAGCCAGGCUCUCUCUCUGUGGUAACCACAGUGUGGGGAGUGACCAGUCCUUCACCCAGCCAGGUGUUUGGUGCUCCCAUGGGUCCGGGCGGAAACUCAGCUGGCAGUCACAUGAUGCCCGGCAACAGCCCUGGCAUGAACUCCCCGCAGUUCAUGUCACAACAGGGCUACCCCGAACCCAACAAGGCCUACAUGCAGUCAGGCAUGUACGGGCGCCCCAGCGGAGCCUACCAAGGAGGCCCCGGCUACGGGGGCAGCUACCCCAAUAACGGCGGGGGUUCUAUGGGCAUGCCCCCCCACGGAGCACGCCCCCCCACAGACUUCAGUCAGGCAGCUGCUGCCGCAGCCGUCGCUGCUGCUGCCGCCACGGCAACCGCCACCGCCACGGCAACGGUUGCCGCCAUUCAAGAGAAACAGAACCAGGAAAUGAGCUAUGGACCGAUGGGUGGCGCUUCCUCGUACAACACCCAGUUCCUGUCUCACUCGGGCCCUCGAGGCCCCCCAGGGAUGGGUCCAGGGGGCAUGGUGGGCGCCCGACCGCAGUCUAUGGGCCCCAUGUAUGGCCACCCUCAAGGCCAGAGAAUGCCCCAGCAUCCCGGAUACCCCGGGGGGCAACAGGGACCCCCACGACACCAGCAGGGCCUCAAACGUCCCUACAGCUCUGAUGGCUUCCCUGGGCAGCAGUGUGGGCCUGGCAUGGUCGGAGGAGGGGGUCCGUACCCCGGCCAGCCGAUGCAGUACCACGGUCAAGGCCCCCAGCGCUCGGCCCCUUCCCCUUCCUACCCCUCCCACAGGAUGGGCAUGCAGCCAGGAGGCAUGGGCCAGUACCCCUCCGGACCUGCAAACCCUGGACAGUAUUACAAGGCAGACCAGUUUAACGGGCAGGGUGUCACUCACAGCAGCCUGGCAUCAGCUGUCGCUGGAGGAGGAGGACAAUACAACACCUUCACACAGGCAGCUGUCAAUGGGCCUGGACGGGCGAUGCCAGGUUACCCCAGCUCCCCAUUGCCAGGCAACCCCACUCCCCCCAUGACCCCUGGCAGCUCCAUGCCCCCCUACAUGUCCCCUGGGCAGGACGUGAAGUCGCCCUUCCUCCCGGACGUCAAGCCCAACAUUGCCUCAAUGCAGCCCCCUUCAGGUAACCCUAGUGAUGACCUUCGUCUGACCUUCCCGGUGCGGGACGGUGUGGUUUUGGAGCCCUUCCGUCUUGAGCACAAUCUGGCCGUUAGCAACCACGUCUUCCAGCUACGCGACUCCGUCUACAAGACUCUCAUCAUGAGGCCUGACCUGGAGCUACAGUUUAAGUGCUACCACCAUGAAGACCGGCAGAUGAACACUAACUGGCCAGCGUCUGUGCAAGUAAGCGUGAACGCCACGCCCCUCACCAUCGAGCGCGGCGACAACAAGACUUCCCAUAAGCCCCUGUACCUGAAGCAAGUGUGUCAGCCAGGACGCAACACCAUCCAGAUUACAGUCACUGCCUGCUGUUGUUCUCAUCUGUUUGUGCUGCAGCUGGUCCACCGGCCCUCUGUGCGCUCUGUGCUGCAGGGCCUGAUGAAGAAGAGGCUGCUACCUGCUGAGCACUGCGUCACCAAAAUCAAGCGUAACUUCAGCAGUGGCACCAUCCCGGGGACACCGGGUCUGAACGGGGAGGACGGCGUGGAACAGACUGGCAUCAAGGUGUCGCUCAAGUGUCCAAUCACGUUCCGCCGAAUCCAGCUGCCUGCCCGUGGACAUGACUGCAGACACAUACAGUGCUUUGACCUGGAGUCUUACCUGCAGCUGAACUGUGAGCGAGGGACAUGGCGCUGCCCUGUGUGCAAUAAAACGGCCCUUCUGGAGGGACUGGAGGUCGACCAGUACAUGCUGGGAAUUCUCAUCUACAUCCAGAAUUCUGACUAUGAGGAAAUUACCAUUGACCCGGUGUGCAGCUGGAAACCGGUCCCUAUUAAACCGGAUCUGCACAUUAAAGAGGACCCGGACGGGCCAGCACUGAAGCGCUGCCGCACCCUCAGCCCCAGUCACAUGAUCCUGCCCAACGUCAUGGAGAUGAUCGCCGCACUGGGCCCUGCCUCCUCGCCCUACCAGUCUCUACCACAUGGGGGCAGUGGCAACACACCAGACUACCCCAGCCAAGCUGGGUCAGGCUACUCUAACCAGCAGCCAGGCUACUCGGACUUCCCUAAUGGCCCAGGGACCCCCACCAUGGGCGAGUUUGGCUCUGGUCCCCCACCCCUCUCCUACCAGUCGGACCUCCCGAGCGGCCUCCUCACGCCGGACAAGCCCAUGGGCCACCCUAUGCCUGGACAGAUGCCUCAUGGUGGCCGCAUGGAUCCCGCCCACAGUAACCUGCAGCAUCAGCAGCAGCAGCAGCAGCAGCAACAGCAGCAUCAGCAACAGCAGCAGCAACAGCAGCAUCAGCAGGUAACCACCCUGUUUAAGCAGUUCCGCAGGGAUAUUGUCCAUGCCAGGGGACUUGUUGUUCUUCAGAGAGCGGACGGCUGA